AUGUGCAUAACAGUUGAUAAUGCUAGCUCAAAUGAUACUGCAAUUGGGUAUAUGAGAAGGAAAAUAAAUGGGUGGAAAACUGGGGUUCUUAAGGGUCGUUUCCUUCACAUGCGUUGUGUUGCACACAUUGUCAAUUUGGUUGUUUCUGAUGGGUUGAAAACUGUUAAUGAGUCGGUUCAACGUGUUAGGCAUGCUGUUAGGUUUAUCAAACAAUCUCCUGCUAGGUUGCAAAGGUUUAAAAAAUGUGUCUUAGAUGAAAAAAUCAACACAAAAAAGGGAUUGUGCCUUGAUGUGCCUACUAGGUGGAACUCCACCUAUUUGAUGUUGAAUGCUGCUAUUGAGCUUCAAGAUGCUUUUGAGAGGUAUUCUGGGGAAGACCCUCACUAUGUAGUUGAUUUGAAUGAGAGGGAUGGUAAGGGUAGCCCAGAUUCUGAUGAUUGGAAUAAUGUAAGAAGACUUUCUGAAUUUCUACAAGCCUUUUAUGAUCUGACCUUGCAUGUCUCUGGCUCUUUAUAUGUCAGUUUGAAUUUGUUUUUUCAUGAAUUGGUGAGUGUUGUUGUACUUAUGAAAGAUUUGGUUUCAAGUGAUGAUGUGGAUAUGUGUCUUAUGGCUUGUAGAAUGAAAGAAAAAUAUGAAAAGUAUUGGGGUGAUCCAGAAAAAAUAAACCUCCUGAUUUUUAUUGCCGUUGUCCUUGAUCCUCGUUAUAAGCUUGAUUAUGUUGAGUGGAUGAUAACUGAAAUUUAUGACCCUAUUGUUGCAUCAAAGUUAGUUGAUAAUGUGAAGGUAGCUUUGAAUGCUUUGUAUGAGGAGUAUCAUGUUUCUUCUGGUAAUGAUGUGAAUAGGGAGAAAGUGUCUUCAAGUAAGGAUGGCAAAACUCCAUUGAGUCCCAAACAUAAAAAGAUUGAAGUCUUAAAGAGUAAGUAUAAGAAACACAAGUGUGAGAGAGAUGGAGAUGCAAAAAUAGAGUUAGACAAAUAUUUGGAGGAGGAUACAGCGGAGGAUAUUGAUGAAUUUGACAUUUUGAGCUGGGUUCUAGAUCAGUUUAGGAGCUCAUUAACUCCUCGAGUUGUAGAAGGUCUUGUUUGUGCUGAAAAUUGGUUACGUGCUUCACCAUUUCCAAGUAUUGAAGAAUUUUUAGAGGAAGUUGAGCUUCUUGAAGAGGGUAAUAUAUAA